AAAUCUGUCAGUUGGAGCCUAGAACUGGCAAUGUCAAAGGGACUUGUGAAGAAGAGGAGGAGGAGGAUGAAAGUUCUUCUUCACUAAGUGAGGACUACAACAGCUUAGACUCUGAAAAUGAAUGCAGCUCUCUACAGAGGAGGAAGGAUUUAUCACCAGGUUAUAUCCCCAGUGCAGCUUGUAUUGAUGCCGCUCGGAGGAAGCGUCACUUAGCCAGGACACGGGCUGAUUAUCUUCCACUGGAUGUUUCAAACAGUCAUCAGGUCUCUCAGAGAAGAGAAAGCAGUGAUUUAGAGAGUGAAGAUGAGUCUGAUACGAAGAAUCUCAAUUUUGUUCCUAAAAUGAGAACUCUUAGGCAGAGGAUGACUGAACACAUGGUGUCUGUGAGUGAUGAAUCAAGUGAAGAUGAAGCAGAAAUUAAGUGGGAAGAACAACAAAUAAAUAAAGCCGUUAAACUAUCUCAGGAAACUUAUGAUGAUGCUUCCCUGCAUAAAUCUAAACCAGCUAAACCAAAGUUUGAUCCCUCUGUUUCUCUACCACCUGUGAACUUGGAAAUUGUGAAGAAGCGACUGACUGAAAGGAUAACAUCAUUACAGGAUGUGCACCGUGCCCACCAGAAGGAGUAUGAAAAAUAUAUGGAGGACAUUGAAAGUUCAAAGAUGACUGUCCAGGAGUUAGAGAAGUCUUCGGAUGCAGCUCUGAAUUACAAAUUCUACAGGGCCAUGAAAACAUACGUGGAAAACUUGAUAAACUGUUUGAAUGAAAAACUGAAAUACAUUAAUGAUCUAGAAUUGGCUGUACAUGUACAUCUUCAGCAACGAGCCAUGAGAGUAUUGAAACGAAGGCAAGAUGAGCUGAAAAAUGAAUCUGCUUAUAUUCAGCAUCUGACAAGUGGGAAUGACAAACCAACUAAUGGUGGAUUGGAAGGUGAUGAGAAGACACAGCUUCUGGAAAUGUGUGAACGUCGAAG